CCAUCGGCCGCGUGGCCUAAUGGCUAAGGCGCUAGAUUUCGGUCUACCGAUUUCCCCAUUCUCUAGAGAUUCCAGGUUCGACUCCUGGCGUGGUCGCAAUGCAGGCGAAUAUUCGUAUUCAUCUACUCUUUUUUGCCAUUUUUUUACAUGUGGGUUUGACCUACGCUUCUUCACUGGCGGUGGAGAUAUAAUGCAGUUGCAAUUAUCGAUCGUUGUGGGCUGGGGGCGUAAUACCGGAGCGUCACUUGAGUUUUUUUUUGUGAAUACCGGUGCAUCUAGUUAACGUGAACAUCAAAUUUACAAAGAACUAGAUAAGAAUUCGAUGUAUCUCCC